GCCUUGUACCAUGUGACCUCUGUGAUCAUUCACAGAUUUCACACGUAGUAAGCAAUGAUGUCACAAGUGACAUCUUGCUUACUACUUUGCAGAGGUCCCGUCCGACGAUCGGUGUUCCACUGUGCCCGGAGGACACAGCGGGCACCGGAUCGCGGUGCUGCUCGCUCCCAGGGAGAGCGCACAAGCAGGGUGCGGGGAGGCCGUUUAUAAACGGCCACCCAACCCUGCACUGCCACCGUCUGGCCGUUUAUAUACAACGGCCGGUCGGGAAGUGGUUAAGAGGGUCUGCUAUGCUGGUUCUUUCUGUUUUGUGUUUCAG